AUGGCAUACUCAUCGCCAAACGGUGGCAGAAAUGCCAGCCCUUCGCCCGUCCAGUUGCCCUCCGCGAUAAGUAACAACGAUACUCCAAUAUCAAAUUCACUGAGACGCCUUUCAAUCAGUAACGCUUCUAGAACUGGUCUUCCAAUUUCACCUCCCACUUCUUCUACAAGAGCUACAUCAUAUGGGGGUCAUUCAAAUCUCUAUCCAUCACCAAGUGGUAGAAGCCCCGUGCUUCCAAGCCCCUUACGCCGAAGUUCCAGUACUGCGAGUUUCGACCAACGUCGCUCAUCUACUUCACAUCUCUCUCGGAAACCGUCUCUAAAUUCACUUAACGGUGGAGGUCUAACUCCAAACAAAAAUUCAAUAAAUAGAAGAUCAUCUACACAAUUUGCACACAGGUCACCAUCUGUCAUGGGUAGUAAAUCACUCCUCUCCCAAAGGGAGGAAGAAAUGCGUGAACCCUCGCCGCGACAUACUGCAGCAUCCAUCGCAAGCUCGCAUUUCAAGUCGGAAUUGGAUUUACAAGAUAAGAAUGAUGGCUCAAGAUCUGCAGAGACAAUUGUUAUACUUCACGACUCCGUUUAUGGACAUCGCUUUUCCCGGCCCAAAACUUCAAGAACUGGUUUGAGUACAAUUGUCGAAAGACCCGAAAGAAUUCAUGCUAGCAUACUCGGAUUGUCUGUAGCAUAUGUACGACUGGGCGAAAGACAUUCCGAGGGUCGCUAUCCUCUUCAUCCUGGCAUGGAAGCUUCUGCGGUACCUAGCACACCCUUUCGCAUACGCAAAACUACUCGUCGAAUGUCUUUAUCCUCGCAAGCGAUCACAAAUGUACAUGGAGUAAAGUGGAUGGAGGAGUUAAAGAUUAUGUGUGAUAAUGCGGAAGCCAAGCUUGCUAUGAAUGGAAAAGAAUUGGCUAGACCUGAGAUGAAUCGAGGUCCAAAUGAAGCACCUCCUUCAAAGUUUCACGAGGGUGAUCUCUAUCUGUGUGCGGAGUCUUUGGACGCGAUGGAGGGUGCGCUGGGUGCUGUAUGUGAGGGUGUUGAUGCUGUUUUUGAAGGCUCUUCUACCGGAUUCGGACCACGCCGAAGUUUUAUAGCGAUAAGACCUCCUGGACAUCAUUGUUCAGCUAGUUAUCCUUCUGGAUUCUGUUGGUUGAAUAAUGUCCAUGUUGGUAUUUCACAUGCUUCUCUCACUCACGGUUUAACUCAUGCGGCUAUUAUUGAUUUUGAUCUUCAUCAUGGAGAUGGAUCUCAAGCAAUCACUUGGGAACAUAACGCUCGUGCUAAUGGAUUGGCUAAGAAUGCAUUACCGUGGAAGAAGACUUCGAUUGGAUAUUUCAGUCUCCAUGAUAUUAAUUCAUACCCAUGUGAGAUGGGUGACGAGGAGAAAGUCAAGAAUGCUAGUCUUUGUAUUGAAAAUGCACAUGGUCAAAAUAUUUGGAAUGUUCACUUACAACCAUGGAAAACUGAAGAAGGAUUCUGGGAACUGUACGAAUCAAAGUAUUCGGUACUACUCGAGAAGACACGAAACUUCUUACGCACACAAUACGAGAGGCUUCAAACAUCACCUAAUGGACCAAAACCAAAAGCUGCAAUUUUCUUAUCAGCUGGUUUUGACGCCAGUGAGUGGGAGAGUUCUGGCAUGCAACGCCAUAAAGUCAACGUUCCAACCGAGUUUUAUGCUCGUCUAACCCGAGAUGUCGUGAAACUUGCAGCUGAGGAAGGUACAGGGGUAGACGGAAGGAUUAUUAGUGUUCUUGAGGGUGGUUACAGUGAUCGUGCUUUGUGUACCGGGGUUUUGAGUCAUCUUAGUGGUUUGUCAGGAAGUGAUCCUGUAGCUCAUACCGAAAAGGCAUUCACAGGUCUAAACUUUGAAAUGGGACAGAGACUUGGUGUAGAUCCAUUGAGUCCUGGACCGCCAUCUCCUUAUGGUUUCAUGCCAUAUGAUCCGUUAUGGUGGUCUCAAGGUCGAUUGGAACAACUUGAUGCUGCUAUGAAUAGUGCACCAGUCCCCGAGGAGCCAAAAGUUCAAAAACCUGCAGGACCUCCAGGAAAUUUUGCAUCUCCUACACAAUCCUUCAUUGCUAAAGUUGUCAAUACUCCUACUGCGCAACGUAGUGUAUCGACGAUGGGUAUGAGAAAUGGAGUGCCAGUUCCAAGAUCUUCACCUCCUAGGCCACCUACUCCUCCACCACCCGAUGUUCAUUGGACAGUUGCAGCUCAUGAAUUGAGUAAAUUGCUUAUUCCAACUGAUAGACAGACGAAGAGUUGUCAAUGGGAAGAUCUUGCUGCCGAAGCUACAAAAGCAAGAAAAGAACGUCAAUCAUUAGCAAACUCUGAAGGCGCCCAACAACCUGCCAUUCCGGAGCCUGCUAAUGCCAGAAUGUCUUUACGAACAAGAAAACCUCCACCAAAAUUGCUUGAUAGCAUCGAGAAGGAUGAGGCCAAAAAGCCUGCUGCAAAAUCAAACCGUCGAAGAACCGUUCCCAGCACCGCUGCUUCCCCUGUACACAAAGGUCCUCCCGCUCCAAGCACCAGUCAAACAUCCGAUGCGAACUCUAGUCAAUCAACGCAAAAGUCUGUUAGGAGACUUAGCGCCGCAUCUAUAUCCACCACUGCGGCAAUGCCUCCUCCUUCUCGCCCGGUACCUGCUGCUAAUAGAGCGCCAUCACUUCCUCAAAGACCGAGUAGUUCUAUGAGUGUACGACCGGGGUCCGCUAUGAGCUCUCGUGGGCCUCCUCCACCACCUGUCGCUGUAAAGAAAACAAGAGCACCUGCCAAACCUCGAACUGAUGCAUCAAAACCAGGUCCAGGUCGACCCCGCAAGAAGUCUCCUCCAGUGACUGGUUCUGAUAGCAAUUUGAAGAAUAACAUUGGGGCUGUUUCAACUGCAGAAAAUAGUAACCAGUCAUCUGACGUUGAUAGUCUAACCUCUGGUAUGAAGAAAAUCAAGAUUAGUCUUCUGACUAAAGCACAGAAAGAAGCCAAGGAAGAAGAAAAGCAUAGGGUAAAGAUUGAAUCGAGCCAGGAAGAUGGGAAAGUAUCCCCAAAUAUGUCAAAUGAAACACCACCUACAACAGCCAAUUCUGAGACGACCUACAAUCAAUCUGCAGCUUCCACACCAAUAAUGAGUAUUUCACCUGGACCUUCAACCCCUCAACUAUUUGUUCCUCUACAUGAUUCUGCUCAAUUGAAAGAGCCUGAACAAGCUCCCUUACCGAUUAGUUCACCUAUCGAUCCUCCCAUGGAACAAUAUGAAUCCGGAAAUGUUUCGGAUCAUUCAUCAACUUACAGCGCGGACAAAUUUGUGCUCUUUCAACCACAAGGCCCGAUUCCCAGCACGAUAGCACAACAAGAACCACUUCGAUGGUUACCACCGAAUACAAACACACCAGUUGCAGCGAAGAAAUAUGAUCUUCCAGUAUUCACAUCCACCUCCGCCAUACCUUUUGCUUCGAAUUCUGACGUUGACAAUCAAAACGAACCUUCAAAUUCACACGUCGAACAAGAUUCAUCCCCAUCUGAAUCUACACAAUUAGCUUCCUCGAUCUGGGAUAUUCCUACUACACCCCGGGAUCAAUAG